AUGGUAGGGCCUCGACAACAGGCGCAGCAGCAGCAACAAUACAGGGGGAAGUCGCAAGCGGAGCAGCGCCAGCGAAAUCACGUAGGGCAGGAUCGACAGAAAUAUCCUACCCAUAAAGAAUUACGUAACGAGCAAGAAGUGAAUAGCCAGAGGUUUCAGCAGGAGCAGCAUGAAACGUGCCAGCACUACGGUAUGCAGCAGAACAAUCCGCAGGAAAAGCAGCCAGCUCCUGCUGCUGAGCAACCGUGGGCUGCAUCUCCUCGAGCUCAUGUCGAGUUUUUGGGAGGAAAACGAGCUAGGGGUCUCGUUGCAUCUGAGGCAAUCGAAGCAUCUGAAGUCAUUUACACCGAAGAGACUCCACUUCUCGCAGUGCAGCACGAAUUUUCCCGGCUGUGCGGGCUGACAUGUAGCAACUGCUUACGCUUCGUGGGUUCGUUGAAGGAUUGUAUUCGUCAUGUGCUUAACCAUGCAGGGCGGCAUGAGGUUCUGGGUGCCGUUUCACUGAUACCGGACGGCUUCAUCAAGAAAGCAGGGCUUUCGCUGGGGCCGGUAGUGCCAUGCGGAGAGGCCGAGUGUCCGGCGGUUUUUUGCUCCAAAAGGUGCCUGGAGCACGCGCGUCAGGAGACCCUGCAUCGAAUGGUUUGCGUUGAGGCGACGGAGCGCACCGCUUGGCUUGAAUUCCUAUCCCACGCCCGAAAACACCACGAUGGCCUUGUGAUGGCCGGCGUGUGCAUGGCCCAGAUUGUCUUUGAGGUGAUUUUCAAGGGCCGGCAAUUUUCAGAGGUUGUCCGCCCUUUUUUGGAAUUCUACUCUGCCCCUUGGGAGUCGCUUGCGCCCAACCGCCUCCUUGCAAAUGGGCCGCCACCUUCCGGGGACUUUUUCGCUUGUCUGUCUCGACGUAGAGUUCCAACAUCCGCUCAAUCGUAG